CAACUUCCCAAGCCUUCCCACCCAACCACUAUGAACAUGACCCAUUAUAAACUGCAACUCCUUCUAGCGGGCACCGUCUCAUACUCAUACUUUCACCUCAACCAUGGCAACUCCACGUACCCACACCUCCCAUGAAGCAAGCAUACUCGCAGCGAACAAGCGAGCUCAUGAACAUGGAAUUGACCUAAAAAAGCUCCCCAAGUUAUCAGAUAUGUCGGCGAAAACGAUAACAGAGAAUGUCCACAAGAUCAAUGGGAAUUGCCCAGAUGAGCGGAUGAAAUUCAUCUUCAAGAGUUUGGUUCAGCAUCUUCAUGACUUUGCCCGAGAAACGUCGCUCACUACGGAGGAAUGGAUGACAGCUAUCCAUUUCCUUACUGAGACUGGGAAAACGUGUUCAGAUAUUCGACAAGAAUUCAUUCUUUUAUCCGACACCCUCGGUUUAUCCAUCCUUGUCGAUUCUAUGAACAACCCAAAGCCCCCUGGAGCGACUGAAGGAACGGUUCUAGGUCCCUUCUUUACAGAAGACGCGCAUGACGUAAAAGCAGGAGAUUCGAUCGCAUCGGAAGGUAAAGGAGAUUAUAUGUUCGUCCAUGGAAAGGUCCUCGAUACAAAGGGAAAACCAAUCGCCGGUGCCAUUAUCGAUACCUGGGAAACAGACGGGUUCGGGAUGUAUGAUACCCAGUACGAUGAUCGCGCCGAACCAGACUGUCGAGGUCGACUGAAAACUUCAGAAGACGGAUCGUUUGCUUAUAGAGCUGUGGUGCCGGUAUCCUACCCGAUUCCUAGCGAUGGACCAGUUGGAAAGAUGGUCAGCGGCCUGGGAAGACAUGUAAUGAGACCUGCUCAUCUACAUUUUAUGAUUGAAGCACCUGGAUAUGAGAAGCUUACAACUGCUCUAUAUCCCCGCGAUGAUCCCUACAUCAAUAGUGACACGGUUUUCGGUGUCAAGACCUCCCUGAUCGUGGUAUGGUUUCUGUCGAAAGUUGUACACCCCAAAUCCGGUUCUAAAUUUCCCCGUCACUUACAGGAUCUGAAAACUGUCGAGAAUACCGAAAUUACACUCGCACGUGGUUUUAAAGAAGCGAAACCACAUGCUGAACUUCAACACAACUUUGUUUUGGCUACGAAAGACGAGUGUCAGAAAGUAAAGAAGAUAGCGGUGCCUGCUUUGUAAAGAGUAAAUUUGUCCCGAGAAUCUGGCUGUAAGAUAUGUACUGUCAUUGACCCCGAAGUCGGCAAUCUAAGGAG